AUUUACCUAAACGGCCCAAAACUGCCAAGACUUGUUUGGCACUUGUGAAAAGCGAAAGGGCAAGCCUCGUCAUUUUGUCUACCCCAUGCCUUCCCUUUAACUUCGCCCACCCUUCAAAAGACCAGCAAGCGGGAGACGUUGAUGUAGGCUCAGUCAGAGGGAUAUGGAGAUUGGAGAGCGAUAGUUUGCCAGAGAGGGCUUUUCCUUUUUGGUGGAUUGAUAGUGCGUUGAUGCUAAAGUGUGAAGGAUAGAUAAGAGAAAAAAAAUGACGGGGAUGGUGAAAGAACAGAAUCUGGAGGAGCAAAUAGAGAAGCAAAUGGGGUGCAUGGCAGGCUUCCUUCAGAUCUUUGAUCGCAACCAGAUUCUCACCGGAAAACGCCUUUACGCCCCUAAGCGCCUCCCUCCCUCUACGGUAGUUGAUUCUAGUCCGGAGUCGGAGAAGACUAUGGGGUCUCCUGCAAUAUCGAGAGUAUCGGAGGAGCAGCAAACAAUAUCAAUGCCUUCUCCUGGACAUUUGAACCAGCAACACUCUCCGUUGACGGAGCUCCGAUCUCCGGCGACGUCGUCCCAGGCCAAAUUGCCUCUUCCUCUUCCGGUUUUUGAGCUGAAAGAAGGGACUAAGUCUUCGUGGAAAUUUUGCAAAGAAGCUCCUAGACUUUCUCUUGAUAGCAGAGCAACGUUCGACGCCAAAGGAAGCCUUAAACCGAAAGAGAUCCGUGCAAAUGCUGCAAUUUUGUCCGUCAGCCCUUGCGAGAAGAAUGGAGACGAAACAGAUGAUAGCGAGAAGCAACGCCGAUCGCCUAGCGUAAUAGCAAGGCUGAUGGGACUGGAGCAAUUACCGGAAUGGGAAAAUGAGCAGGCGAAGAAACCUGAACUACGAAGAUCUGCUUCAGAGUCCAGAGCCUCCAGAGAUCUUCUGCAGUACCGAUUCAUCGACGGCAUCAAUUUCCAGUUAAAGCAGUCACCGCAGCAGAGUACACAGAGCAAUGUUCCAAGUAAUGUGAUUAGAGACGGUGCGAUUAAAAAUCAAAUGGCGAAUGGCAGAACAGUGAAUCCAAAGGAGUAUAAUGCUGUGAGAAACGCUAGAGUUGAGCCUGCUGGUGUUAGGGCACCUCACAGAGGCAUAGGACAAAGAAAGAGCUUCUAUGAUUCAGCUGAUUUCUUCCCUGAUCCUAAACAUACUGUGUCUAUCUAUGGUGAGAUUGAGAAGAGGCUAAAAAUGAGAGGAAUCGAUGAGCCAUCGAUGGAUCACGAGACUCUCAAGCAAAUCCUCGAGGCUCUGCAACUCAAAGGCCUUCUACAUUCCAAAAAGCCAUCAAACCAAAACAAUCAAAGAAUUCUAUACGACAGGAGUUUCUCACACGAUGAAUCUCCUAUCGUUGUAAUGAAGCCGGUAAGAUCAACAUUUCCUUCUCCUCCGAUGAAUCGGCCGGCUAGAAUAGGUAAUGAUUCAUCUCCGAGUUCUAGAACCAGGCCCUUAAUUCGCCGGGACUCGAAUCUUUCCGGCGAAACAUUGCCUGCAACGAGUCCCAGACGUGAGCGACCGGAGAUUGAACGUAAUAUACGUAGCCAAAACAGAGGUAGGAAUUCGAUUUCUCCUACUCGAAGUGAGAGCAGCGUGAAGAGUCCCAACAGGAGGAGACCUUUAUCUGUUGAAACGCAGAGGAGUGUAAGUGAUAAUUCAACUGAGCGAAGAAGAGUGUCUCCGGUUCAGUCUCCUAAAGUUAGUACGAGGAGAACCGUACCAGAUCCGAGCACAAACCGAUCACCCAGAAACAGGAAACCAACAGUUGAGAUUUACCAGGAGGAGAAGGUGUUUAUUCCCGCAGAGGAUGAAUCAUCCUCCAUUUCUGAGAGUAGUAUCAGCACGUCUUCUCAGAUCGAUACGGAGAGGUCGAAGAUGGAGGAUAACAAGGAAGGUAGGAAUCUGCUGGAGAGGUGCGGUAAGCUACUUCAUAGCAUAGCUGAAAUGACAGCUACCGAGUUGCAACCCAGUCCAGUAUCGGUUCUUGAUUCGUCGUUCUACAAGGACGAAUCUUCCCCUUCGCCUGUUAUGAAACGGAGCGUUGAUUUCCAAGAUCCUUUUGCUGAACUGGAAGACGAUAUUUGGGGCCCAGCAGUGCAGUUAAAAUUAGAGGAAAAUUCAAACGAACGUGAUUUCAUCUACAUUUCUGAUAUCCUCAGGGCUUCCAAUUAUUUACCUGAUGAUUCUGAUGUCUUCCUUUUACUAGAAAAGCAACAGUAUUUAAAGGGGAACGACACUUCCAAAGUCUCUACACUCCAAAGGAAGCUUAUUUUCGACACGAUUACAGAAAUUCUCAAGCGGAAGAGGCAAUUGCCUCCCUGGAAGACUAUUAGUUGGACAAAUUCUGCAGGUGGACAAGCUUCAUUGCAACAAAUUUGGUCAGAAUUUCAAAGAAUUCGCGAGAGCUUUGAUGCAUCUGAUGAUUUGUUGGAGGUGAUUUGUGGUCUGCUAAAGAAGGAUCUCGCAGGCGACGCCGUCAAUGGAUGGGGAGACUGCCCAAUUGAGAUGUCUGAAGCAAUUUUAGAUAUUGAAAGGCAGAUUUUUAAGGAUUUGAUCGGUGAAACCAUCCGAGAUCUAGCUGCCAUUACUGGGAAAUGCAAUCAGGCCCCGUUGCCGCGAAGGAAGUUGGUUUUCUGAAAGUGAGGGAGAAGAAGUCUUUGUUUUUAUUAUUUAAAGAAAAAAUUUCUUUCGCGCGCUUUCUUUCCUCUUACUUUCGGCUCUUCUUUUUUUAUUUCUAAUUUUUUGGGGGUAACGUUUAAUUUAGUUUCAGUUUACCUGAAAACCUGACAAAUCUAACGUUCGUUUUCACGAUGUGUAAAGAAGUAUUAUAAAUGUUUUCAAUUUCAAGCAUAUUAUCA